AUGUCCGAGGAUCAACUGACCGUACUCGACACGCCAGAACUCUGCAGCCCUCGCAGCAUGUGCAGCAGCCUCGAGACAGAGUCUGCGCCGUCCACUCCGAGGACACACUGCAGUGCCGACGACGGCCCGUUUUCGUGUGCCACCUCGCCGGAACCCGAGAGCGACGAGUAUGACGAAUGGUCGAGCGAGCUGAGCGACGCGCUGUCGUAUACAUCGUACUCGUCCUAUUCGUCUGAAUCCUCGUCGGCGUCAUCGUCAUCGGCAUGGUCAUACGCAUCGAGCUUGGCCUCUGUGCAAGUCUCAGACAGUGCCUCGGAAGACGUUGACCCGUCCGGUCCUUCCGGUGAGACGGGGCUGUCGCCCCGGGUUGUAGGCAUCGACCUUUGCGAGGGGUCCUCACCCGCCGUGGGCCAGUCUCAAGACUACAACAACAAGACACUCGUGUCCAUGCGUCCACCACUGUCAUCAUACUCUGGCGACUACAACCACGCCGGCUCCUCUCGCGAUGCAGUUCACUUCCAGCAGCCCCAAUACCACCAUCCCCUCCUCUCAAAGACCAGUCACCAUGCCCUCCCCCUCACCGGUGCUAGACCGUCACCCAUCACCCCGCGUCUCGCUCCCACCGCCAACACCCACAUUCACCGCGCCAUCGUCAUCCCUCCCCGGGACGGCACCCCUGCAACGCCCACCGCGCCGGCGCACCGCCUCGUCCUCGUCCCCCGUCCCGUGAGGGACGAGCUCGAGCGCGGGCGGACGCUCACUGUGCGCUCGCCUGAUGGCAUGCAGUACCGCCUGAGUGCCAGCGGUCCCGUGGCGGUGGUCACCGCACCUCUGAGACGUGGAGAGGAGGUACUCGCCCGUGGCGGCGCCGAGAUGCUGGUCGUGGGCAGCCAGCCGACCUGUGGACCGCCUCCAGUCGCGCGUCCAGCCUCGCUCCCUGCCACUCCUCCACAGCUUGCAGCCGCGACCAGCAUGGACGGUUCGAUCCCGCGCUCGACCAGUGAACCCCCCACGUCUGGCGUCGACCUGGACCAGCUCUUCCGCAAGCACGUCUCAGCCGCCUAUGUGCCUUCUGGGACAAGGGAGACGACGUACCGUCUCCGCGGCGCGGCUCGGCGUGCGACCAAGGCCCAUGCGAGGCUCGAGCAUAGUCUGCGGGUCAGGGCUUGGUCUUGGCUUCGCGUUGUCUCAACAUUGAGAGACAAGAGGAACCAAACAACAGCUCCAGGUGGUACACAAUCGAUCGCUGUCGAUCUCUUCUCUACCUGGCCAGAAUGGCAGAUUGUCCACCGCUCAGCUGCCGUCGAAGGUGGUGGGAUCUGUUGUGCAUGGACAAUCACAGACAAUCGAUAA